GGAAAGGCCAUUAUUAAUCCUUGCUAGCUUGCUGCUGGUGUAGAGCCUAGCUAGGGGAGAGAAACCGUUGGAGAAGGUAGAAUACAUAUGACAAAACAGAAGUAAAGUUUGAGAUUGAUAAACAUCUGGCAACGUGGAAGAAAGAAACUGAACAGGUAUCACCAGCAACUUCUCUUCUCUCCCCUGGCUCUCCAGUGUGCAAGGACACCACCCAGUAUAUCAUAUCUUAAAGUCACCCAGUGCCUCUCUACCUGAUUGAUCAUUAUUUUCCCCUGCGUCUUCACCAGUGCAAAUACUAACCUACACCAGCAGGACAGAAAAAAACACAAGUAAAGUGAUUUUUCUGCAUUUUUGAGCAAAGUCAGAUACACUACAGCUACCAAAGUUACCUGUCAAUACUGUAUUAAGUUUGGUGCCCCCCAAAAUCAACUAUUAUCAAAGCUUCUUUUGUAUAGAUUAGUCUAAACUUCAAAACUCUUCAUCAUUCAUCAGCAUUACUCAGUUAUCUCAUCAGUCAGUCCAUCUAAGACAGCUGUAAACAGUACUUAGCACCAUUAUGGCCUCCAUCACCCAGACGCCCGAGAUCCCAGACAACCACAAAGAGAGCUGGCUGGCGCUACUUUCUGCUGCGGAAACGUAUUGCCAAAAGUCUGGCUGCGACCUGGCCAUACUUACAGCAUGUAAGAAGUUCAGGUCAUCGGCUGGAGAUGGAGAUGGGAGGAGGAAACGGGAGAGCAGCAGCGCCUUUCCUAAGGAGCGUGAUUUCUCCUAUAAUGUAUGGGGUCAAGGGUUUCUGGCAGAGUCGGCUCGCCGCUACAUAGACGACAUCGGCGUGCUGCACUCCACGACCAUGCUAACAGCCCAAAAGCACACGCGCCAGUCAGGGGUAGAGGGAGGGACCAAGCAGGUGGUCGACCUGACCUCGGACCCCGGACACAGGGGGAGCUUUACAGGAGAUGGCGGACUGGGUGGAGUCAGUCCCAAUGGCAGACUGUAUUCCCAAAGCUACCCAUCAAUCUACAGCUCAGGAGCCGUGACCGGACAGGGCGCCGGGCAGAACAGUAACGGAGAGAGGGAACGGGAGAAGAGCGCGCUGGAGACCGAGCAAGGGAGACAGAGGUCUGGGAUUGUGGACUUGGAAGAAGAGUGUGAGGACGAGGAAGAGGAGGAGGACAUGGAUGAGAGGAGACCCUAUGGGAAUGAAAGUACUGGUGUCUUCUCCAUGGACGAGGACUCUCUGUCGCGGGACUGCGAGCCGUUCUUUGAGUCUGACGGGGAGGAGGAGAGCACUGAUGGCUCUUUGAGCGAGGAUGCUCCUCCGCCGUCGCGUGGCAUGGCUGUGGGUCAGGCUGCGUACUCGUUCCGUCACGCCCACCCGAUGGCCCUGGCCCGCUCGCUGCCUGUAUCUGUGCCUGCGUGGGGCUGCAGAGGAAACAGAGGUGCUCAAGGAGACGGAAACAGUGGAGAGCGGGUGGGCUGCGCUGACCUGGAGCACAUCGCUGCCAGUAUGAAGGCCCUGCUGGCACCCGGAGCCACUGAUGGGACGGAAAUGUUUGGGGCCCUGCCUCGGCCCCGUCUCAACACAGGGGACUUCUCCCUCAAGCAUUGAGAGAGAGUGGGGCGAGUGGAGAGAAAGAGAAGGGAAAGAGGGAGAGAAUCAGAGGGAUAAAGAAAAUGUGAAGAGAAGCUGUCAUGACGGGAGCAGACCUGGAUUGGCUGGCAGAUGUGACGUACAGUAUGUGAAACUGUAUAAAAGCUAGUACCUCCAUUUAUUUCUCACUAACCAAAAUUAACAGCACAUGCUUCGAGGAGUAACUGACAAAAAGAAAUGUUAUGAACACUAAUAACAUUUUCAACACUAUACCCCCACACUAUCACUACACAUCCCACAACACUACAUUAGGACCUCAAGACGUGUGUAGUGACCCACUGCACUGACCAACAAGGACACUAAAACAGGGUGCAGUCUAACUGGCACAGCCAAUUGUUAAUUGUGUGCUGACACAGGUUUUGGGAGGUUUGCCCUUUGGUAAAAUUACCUGUGAAGUGAUGAGAACUUGGGGAACAGCCAUCUCUACCCGGUUGAUCGUUGGCUCCAGUGCUGCAUGCUAACGCUCUAGCAGACACCGUUUUGACUGAUAUGAGCUUUAUUAUAAUGUGUAGUAGCUCGAAAGCUAAAUGCUACGUUAUCUUAAAAGAUAUAAGUGUAGCAGUUCGGUCACUCUUCUGAAACAUGAUACAAAAUGAGCUUAAAGGAAUAGUUUAACGUUUCUUUCCCAGAGUUCAUUGAGAUAAAUGAUACCUCUGUCGUGUCAGGGCGGGAAGUUUGGAGCUAGAGCUGGGAGACUCUUAGCUUAGCUUAGCAUAAAGAGUGGAAGCAAGGGAAAACAGCUAGCCUGGCUCUCUCUGAAGUUCAAAAAUGCGCCUACCAACAUGACCCUGCUGUCAGUUAGCACAGUGUAUGCUUAAGUUUUAGCAUGAAGCACAAGAGCCACUGAUCUCCCUGGUCCACAUGAAGCUUGUGGCUUUUCAAAAUGUGAGGAGGACACCAGCACCUCCUCAUAACAUGCCUAUUUGUACUUUUACUUUUGCCAAUGAAUGACUGACUGAUAGAAUGAUUGUAAAUCAAUACUGAUUUAUAGGGGAUGGUGGGUUUUUUCUUUCUUUUUUUUUUUUUGCUCCAGAUCUCUUGUUGAAAUGACUGAAUGAAUGAGAAAGUGAGAGAGAGAGAGAGAGAGAGAGAGAGAUGGGUUGAUCUGAAAGAAACAAAUGUCCAUCUCUGACUUUUCAAAAACAAAUAAAUGUCCUGUUAAGUACUUUUAUGUUUCAAAUAAAGGAGCAACACCAAGAGAAA